AUGUCUAAUUCGAAUGAAGAAAAGAAAAAUUAUAUCAGAAGAAGCAUUUUUGAUCGAUAUAAAAAUUAUGAUGAAUUAGACAUAAAUGAAGUAUCUUCGGUACUAUUGGACCAGUAUAAAAUAAUUGGCGGAAGGAAAUACUUAAAUACUCAUGAAGCGAAUUACAUUAUGCCAUCAGAUGAAAUUGAAUUUAAACGAAUGGAAGUUGCUCAUGUGUUAAACAGAUAUACAUGGAAAGGUAAUUUUAGUGCGCCAGUUGAGGAAACGCUAAGAAAUAGUAAAGCUACCGUUCUCGAUGCUGGGUGCGUAAUGCUCGAAGUUAUUAUUAUGAGAAACGAUUUUCCAAAUUCAACAUUUGUCGGCAUAGACAUUCAAUCAGGUGGAUUUCCACCAAUAAAUGAACGCCCACCUAAUACAGGAUUUCUAGAACAUAACUUAAUAACCGGAGUUCCAUUUCCUGAUGAAACUUUUGACUAUGUUCAUAUGCAAUCGAUGUUUUCAGCACUUACUAAGCAACAAUAUAUAGAUGUAAUUCAUGAAUUAGUACGUGUAACGAAAUGCAAUGGAUGGAUAGAAAUUUAUGAACCUAAUUUAGAUGUAAAAAACUUAGGAAAUUCUAUGAAAGCUGUUCAAAAUGCUUAUGCUCUUAAACAAUCUUAUAAAUCUGCUACUUUUCUGCCAGAAUAUAUGGGAAUAUCUCAAAACGAUUAUCAAGAGUUAAUAGACGAUUUUGAUAGACAAU